GUUUUAUUUUACUAUUUGUUAUCAAUUCGUUAUGUGUGCAAAAGAAAAACGUCAAACGUGAUUAUCGUUUUCGGCAAAUAAAAACCACAAGCAGGCAUUACAAAAUUAUUUGAAAGUUUUAUAAAAUUGUUUUGUUAAGAAAAAUAUAUUUGUGUGUAUAAAAACAAAAUAUUGAAAAGAAAAAUAUCUCUAAAAACGCAAAUAAUAAAAAUUAAAUUAUGGCACAUGCCACCAAACAAGGACCCCAACUGUUAAAUGGUUUCAAACGUGUAACCCGUUUCGAAAAGGGUUUGGGCGCUCAAUUGCCCGAAGCCUAUAAGAAAUUCUGGCGUGAAUGGAAAGUUCAACAACCGGCUGCUGUCCACUAUAUCCCCAAAGAGGGUCAAUGGGAACGCGACGAGGUGACAGGGGAAAUUAAGCCAAUACAAAAUAUUCCUUUACCUUUAAUUGAUACCCCAGAGAGUCACAAGGGUAUUUGGGGUGGUGAGGCUGUCAUUAAGGGUUUUCAAAAGCGUGAGCGUCUAAAGCGUCGUGUACCUCACUUCUGGGUACCAGUUUUACGUCGCUCGGUGGUACACAGUCAAGUUUUGAAUGAGUAUAUGUCAUUGGUGGUAACUGAUCGUACUAUUGAAAAGAUUCACGAGUGUCAUGGUUUCGAUCAUUAUCUGUUGAAGCACCCUGCUUGUGAUUUACGUUCAUCUUUAGCCUUGACUUUAAAGCGCAAAAUCUUGCAAGAUUUGCUAUUGGGCUGUCCAGCCUAUUCUGCUCAACCAGCUGAACGUGAACGUAUUCUCAAUGAAUACAAAUGUUACUUGGAAGGUUAUACUCCCGAGGAAAUUGAAUGGUAUGGCUAUACCUAUGAUGAUGCCCUUAAAAAACUACAAGCUCAAUUACGUGCCGAAAAUCCCGUUAUACCACAUAAAGUUGAAUUUCGUAUGAAAUUAAUUGAACAACUUAAGCAGGCUGGUAUACGUGAGGCAAGUGGUUCUGCUGCGGCUGAAACAUCGGACAAACCCAAUGAACCUACUACAAAAUCAUCUGACAAAGAUGCUGAUAUUGAAGCUUUAACCAAAUUGGAAUCAUCGUCUUCAUCUUCCACCUCAUCCAAUUGGUUGUCGAAAAUCAAUCCAUUUGGCAAGAAACAGGAAACUUAAUUUUCCAUUGUUGACCAAAUGUUCCUUGUUUCAAAAGAGUGUGUUCAUAAUGAAAUUCACAUAAAAAUAGUUAUAAAAAAAAAAUAUUUUUCAAAUUUUCUUUUUCUUUCAUUUAUUUCCGAUAAUUUUCCGAACUUUUUUGGUUUUUAUUUUAAAAAGAACUUAAUAUUUAAUUUUGAAAGAAAAGCAAAAAAUAAUAACUUUGGCUUAGCCACAAGUUGGUAGAAUAAAAAAACUAAUUGUACUGAAAAAUAUUUAACAAAUUUUAAAGAUGUUUCAUUUCAAAGGUAUCUGAUUGUGGAACAACAAUAUUUGCCUUUAAACUGAAUAUAUUUUUUCUCUGGUUCGUCUGUUGAAAUAAAAAUAAAACAAAAUCUA